AUGGCCACCAUCACGCGUCAACCCUUUGCACCCCUAGAUGGAUCUCGUCUCCAGAACCUGACCAGCCUGAAGAACAGACAAAAUGCUCUCCCAUCUCCCUCAUCAGCUGGCAAGCGAAAGGCCGAGCUCCUCGACCUGAACGAUGAUGCCGAGAAUGUUGACCCCCUCAUGUUUGCCAAGCGCGUCAAGCCCCUCAAGUCCGGCUCGACCAAGGACGUCGUCUUCAAGCCUGCCAACUUCAUCCUCAACACCAAGCCCAGUGCUAAGCCCGCUGUCUCCCCCAUCUCUGUCCUGCCCCAGUCAAAGUCGACCACAGCUUCUCGACGAACCAUCACGAGCCCAACCAAGAUCAGCACCGGCAUCUCCAAGCACUCCCCGCUCACUGCCCCCGCCGGGCGAUCUCCCACCAGAGGCAAGCGCUCCGGCCUCCUCUCCAACAGACGCCGCACGGCUGGCCCGUACUCGCGUGUCGACCCCCCCUCAUUCCGUUCCGCCGGUGCUGCCCCUUUCUCUCUCGAUGCCGCCCUCAAGGGCACCAUCCCCAGCUAUGCAGCUCGCCCUGCCGCACCCAAGCGAGCCUCGAACUCCCUGGAAUCAGACAUGAAGGCCAGCUGGUUCUUUGAUAUCCAUGAGGACACCGAGGAGCAGGAGAUGACCAACAUGCUCCAGCACAGCACUUGCGUCCUCGACAUUUCUUCGGAUGAAGAGUCCGAGUUGAAGGCACGCCGCGAGGGCCGUGAGGACAAGGAGAAUGUCCCCCCUGUUGAUGACGUCUCCCAGACUUCUGGACGACGAGCAGCUCGUCCUGCUCCCAGAGCCGACGAUAUGAUCGUUGAGAAGGAGAGAGUGGCUCUUGGAGCUCUCAACACCGCCGACUUCUACGCCGAGGGCUGCGACGAAUCGUCUGUCAUCAUUGUCCCCGCCGACGAGGAGGCCGAGACUGACACCGAGGAGCAAAUGCCCGCCCGCGCUCCCAAGAGCUUCGUCUUUUCCUCCGAGGUCACCAAGAACGCCCCCUCAUUAGAAGCCCCCACCCCCAUCGAGGAGACCAUCGAUGCCCUCAUGACCAAGCCCAGCGAAGGUUCCUCCAAGGCCGCCGUCCUGCAGCCCAUUGACGGCACUGGCGAGAGCUUUGAGCUGUGGGAGAGCGGCAGUGCCAAGGACGACACUGCCCCUUCUACACCCACCCAAUAA